AUGUAUGUUUUAAAAAGUCUCAUUUACUUGUAAAUGAAAAUAAUUGUUGGGGUAACAGUACAAUUUUGUUUUGCAAAAACUUGAGGGACUGUCAUCAUAACAAAACAAUUGAAAAAAAUAAUUGUCUGCAGUUGUAUAAAAUAAUCACAGAAUGUUCUGGGUUGGAAGGGACUCAGGGAUCAUUGAGUCCAACCACAGGACACCCCAAGAGUCACUCCCUGUGCCUGAGAGCAUUGUCCAAGUGCUUCUGGACCUCUGUCAGUCCAGUGACCACUGCCCUGGGGAGCUGUUCCAGUGCCCAGACACCCUCUGUGUCAAGAACCUUUUUGGAAUGUCCCUCCUAAACCUCCCCUGACACAAUUUCAGGCCAUUCUCUGGGGUCCUGUCAGUGGUCACCCCAGAAAGGAGAUGAGUGCCUGCCUCUCUUCUUCCCUUCCUGUGGAAAUUGAAGAAUGUGAUUUGUCCCUUCAGUCUUCUCUUCUCUAUCCUUCUCUAGGCAUUGUUCUUAGAAUUUAAAUACUUUAAGAUCAACUUUGUCUGGAUCUUCACUCCUACCCACGUUUUGUUCCCAGAUAAUGUUGUGGUAAUAAAGGUUGCUUCAAGUGCUGCCCUGCUGGGUGUUUUCAGCAGAAGUAAUAGGAGAGCUUUAUUUCAUCAGGAGAGAGAUUCUCUGUUUGAAGAAGGAUUAAGAAUGUAGUCAAGGGCUUUAAAGCAAAACAAUAUAGAAAUAUUGGCACUUACAAAUAAUAAACUUUUUAUUGCUUUAGACAGGUUCAAGUCUAGUAAAUUCAGUUUUACAUUUUCUUGUGCUGCCCUUUGCAGACCAAGAGACUUCACAUUUGAUCUAAAAAUGUUCAACUCUGCAGACAUGGUCUUUUCACUGGAUAGUUUAUUUUAUGAAAAACCAGAUGUGAGACAAAGGUGUCUGGAAAAUGAAGAGCGUAAGACUUGGUUUAUUGCACCUGCUCCAGCUAUUGCUGAAAUUCCAGCUGCAGAGGAGCUACAGAGGGAACUGGAAAAAAACUCAGCCAACACUCAUAUGGUUUUUGUAGGAGGGAGAAAACACGAGAAUUUCAUACAACAAUGUAAGAGUAACACAGAGGAAGUAGAAGAUAAAUCAUCAGCACCUGUUCAUUUUGGCAUAGCCCCUGAAAAAGAAGUCCUACAAUUAAGUCUAGGAGAAAGAGAUAAAACUGGUUUUCAGCCUGAAAAUCUGAAAAUGGUGUCAUCUUUUCUCUCUUUUGAUGAAAAUAAAUCUAAACGAGUAAUAGAUUUUUCUCAGCAGCUGCAAAAUAAAGCAUUAAGUGAAAACAGUGAUGAUGAAAGUGUCCAUUCAACAUUGAGAAAAAGCUUAUUUAAAAAGUCUGGCAAUAUCCAUAAAAAUACAGAAUUUAAAGCUGGUUCUGUUGAUGUGAAAGAAAUUGGUACUUACUUAAAUACAAGUGAAAACGUGAAAGAAGUGACAAAAGGAGGUUUUUUGAGAAAUAAUCAUCAUGCUCCAACAACUAAAGACUCAGAAUUUACUUUGCAUAGGAUAAAUAAUGAGGAGAUUGUGUCUGAAAAUGGAAUUAAAAUUCAAUCAUUUUCUAAUGCUUCAGAGAUUCUGGAUAUGACAGGAUCUACAGGAAGAAAAUUGGAAAUUUUGAGGGCUGUUACAGAAAUACCUACACAAUUUAGGAGUAUUUUUAAGGAGUUCCCAUAUUUUAACUAUGCACAGUCAAAAGCUUUGGAUGAUCUUUUAUACACAGACAGGAACUUUGUGAUUUGUGCUCCAACUGGCUCUGGAAAGACUGUAAUGUUUGAGCUAGCUAUUACCAGAUUACUCAUGGAAGCCCCACUGCCUUGGUUAAAUAUUAAAGUUGUUUACAUGGCGCCGAUAAAAGCUCUAUGCAGUCAGCGUUUUGAUGAUUGGAAAGAAAAAUUUGGACCUCUAGGACUCACCUGCAAGGAGCUGACAGGAGAUACACUGAUGGAUGAUUUAUUUGAAAUACAUCAUGCUGACAUUAUUAUCACUACACCUGAAAAGUGGGAUAGCAUGACUAGAAGGUGGAGAGACAACUCUAUAGUCCAGCUUGUACGGCUGUUUCUCAUUGAUGAGGUCCAUGUUAUAAAGGAUGAAAGCCGUGGUGCAACUUUGGAGGUUGUAGUCAGUCGGAUGAAAACUAUUCAGUCUUCUCUUUGGCGUCUCUUAGAGAAGCAUGACACUGUUCCUCCCUUGAGAUUUGUAGCUGUUUCUGCAACAAUCCCAAAUACUCAAGAUAUUGCAGAAUGGCUUUCAGAUAAUAAGAUGCCUGCUGUAUGCCUGAAAAUAGAUGAAGAUCAACGACCAGUGAAGCUACGCAAAAUUGUUCUUGGUUUUCCUUGCAGUGACAAUCAGACAGAAUUCAAAUUUGACUUAACUCUUAACUACAAGAUAGCUGGCAUUAUACAAACAUACUCGGAGCAAAAACCAGCACUUGUGUUCUGUGCCACAAGAAAAGGAGUACAGCAGGCUGCUUCUGUUCUUGCAAAAGAUGCUAAAUUUCUACUGAGUAUAGAACAGAAACAAAGAUUACAGGGGUUUGCAAAUUCAUUGAAAGACUCCAAACUGAGAGACCUUUUGACAUAUGGUGUGGCUUAUCAUCAUGCGGGUAUGGAGAUAUCGGACAGAAAAAUAAUUGAAGGAGCUUUCACUGUAGGAGACUUGCCAGUACUUUUUACUACUAGCACCUUAGCUAUGGGAGUCAAUCUACCUGCACACCUGGUGGUUAUAAAAUCCACAAUGCAUUAUGUUGGAGGAGUGUUCCAAGAGUACAGUGAAACUGAUAUUCUGCAAAUGAUUGGGAGAGCUGGAAGGCCUCAGUUUGACACUACAGCUACAGCAGUGAUUAUGACUCGUUGCAGUACCAGGGAGAGAUAUGUACAGAUGUUAAAUGGUGCUGAUAUAAUAGAAAGCAGCUUGCACAGGCACCUUAUUGAACACUUAAAUGCAGAAAUAGUGCUGCAUACUGUCACGGAUGUCAGUGUAGCUUUGGAAUGGAUACGAUCAACAUUCUUGUACAUUAGAGCCUUAAAAAAUCCAACUCAUUAUGGUUUUUCAUCUGGAUUAGAUAAAGUUGGAAUAGAGGCAAAAUUACAAGAAUUGUGUCUGAAGAACUUAAAUGAUUUAUCAUCUUUUGAUUUGAUCAGGAUGGAUGAAGCAAAUAAUUUCAAACCAACAGAGACUGGAAGAUUGAUGGCCUGGUAUUACAUUGCAUUUGAUACAGUGAAGCAGUUUUUCACAAUUAAGGGAACUGAGACACUAAAUGAGUUGAUUGGAAUGAUCUCCAACUGCACAGAAUUUGUGGAUGUGAAGUUAAGAACAAAUGAAAAGAAAAUAUUGAACACUUUGAAUAAAGACAAAGACAAAAUAACUAUCAGGUUUCCAAUGGAGGGGAAGAUAAAAACAAGAGAAAUGAAAGUAAACUGUCUCAUUCAGGCUCAGCUGGGAUGCAUUCCUAUUCAAGACUUUACUUUGACACAAGAUACUGGCAGAAUAUUUAGAAAUGGCUUGAGAGUUACUAGAUGGUUAUCUGACUUUCUGGCAUCAUCUAAGAACAACUUCUCUGCUUUAUUAAACUCUUUGAUUUUAGCAAAGUGUUUCAGGUGCAGACUUUGGGAAAAUUCACUUCACGUGUCUAAACAAUUGGAGAAAAUCGGUGUAUCACUGUCAAAUGCCAUGGUAAAUGCUGGGCUGACAUCAUUUAAAAAAAUUGAAGACAUAAAUGCAAGGGAGCUUGAAUUGAUUUUAAACAGACAUCCUCCCUUUGGAAACCAGAUUAAAGAGUCUGUUUUGCACCUUCCAAAAUAUGAACUUGAAAUUGAACAGCUUCCAAAAUACAGUGACACAUUGGCUGAAAUCUUAGUAACCGUCAAAUUAACCAACUAUGAGCAGCUACAGACAAAGAGAACAGCGCCAGACUUUCACUAUGUUACGCUGGUCAUAGGAGAUGCUGACAACCAAGUCAUUUUUAAUCAGAAAAUUAUGGAUUCUGUGCUGCUGAAAACUGGGAAUUGGAUGAAGAAAAUUGAAGUUAAAAGAGCUCUUAAAUCAGAAGACAUUAGUAUAAAUUUAAUUAGUUCUGAUUAUGUUGGCCUUGAUAUAAAGCAAGCAUAUACAGCCUUCUACUUAACACCAAAACCAGAGGGAUGUAAGGUGGUCACAAAUCAAAAAUUGAAAGCUGAAUCUACACUUGAUGUAUGUUGUGGCUCACCCCAAAGCCUGCCAGCAGCAGAAGUAGAUACAGGAGGCAGAUCUAAACAGGAGAUUGCUUACAAGAAAUAUGGAAACAGAGAAUGCAACCACCGCUGUAAAAAUAAAGAUGUGUGUGGGCAUGACUGCUGUAAGACUGGAGUACCUCCAAAGUCACAGAUAAGUGGAGACAUGAAGUUUUCUUUGUACCUGGCUGACUUAAGGAGCAGGAACUCAGUUUCAUCUAUACCCCCAGUAAAACGGCUAAAGAUGCAGAUGUUAAAUCAAGCUGAAAAUGUGGAUCUCAAACAAUUUGUUUUUACACCUAAGUCUUUAUUGCCAGCCUUGCCAAGGUCUAGCAAUAAACUGUCAUCUUCAUCACCUUCAGUGGAUCAGAUAGAUAACAUUAAUACCUUAGGAGUAUCUCAGAAACAACUGCAAUCCUGGAAUUGCAGAAAGAGUAAUGCUUUGGAUGUGGACUUUGAACUGGGAGAUGAUAUUUGGGAUGAUAUUGAUGAUGAGAAAUUGGUAUUUGCUAGUAAUUUUGUCAGUAGAGAAUUAGAACAUGGAAAUACCUGCCUUCAAAUUCCAGAUGAAUGUCAACCCUUCUGCCAGUAUACAGCAAGCAAAGCCACAAAUAACAUUUCAAAAGAUUCAUGCACAGUACAAGAUGAGACCAAUAUUCAGAACUCAAAUGCUUUUAUGGUCAGUGGCACAUCAAAAGUGAAUUUAUCUGUACAGAAUAGAAAUAUAACUUCGUUCAGUUUUCAAGAAAAAAAGCAUUCAAGUCUUUCUCAAGAGCAGAAAACUGUACAGUGUUCUUCCAUCCCAGAAAUGAUCUCUGACUCUUCUAAAUUCACAAGGAAAGAAGAUUUUUUUAUUUUCACUAAAGAACAGGAAAAAGAAGUAGAUCCUAGAUAUCUUCUUGAUGAUGAAUCCAAUGAUGUCAAGCCCUUUCUUGGAAUAUUUGAUGGUAUUUUGUAAAACAUGUAAACAAAAUACACUGUAAGUGCUAGGGAAAGAACCUACAGUCAGUUUUACAGUGAAGGCUUCAGUCAAGAGAAUUUGAUUUCUGUUGUAUACCUAUUUAUCAAUAUCUAAUUUACAGAAUUUAUAGAAUGUAAGAAAUAAUACCUUGUUUUGAUAAGUACUUAAGUAUUUGUUUGGUUGACCUUGCUGUUUUCAGGAUUGCAAAGAAAACAUUGAAAUAUGUCAAAGAAGAAUAGUUCACAAAUUGAGGAUACUUUUAUAGAUAAAAGAAAAUCCCAUUAGGGAAAGUAAAGGAUUUGUAGUAAUGUGUUUGUAGUAACAUGUCCUGCUUCUCAAGUAAUCUUUAAAUGAAUGAAAGACUUUUCUUUGGAAAUUUCAUAAUGUUUUUUUGAUUUUUCUUUCGGUUUCUCUAAAUGUGAUUUUUUUCAUUGUACUGAUUCUAUAAUAUAAUUAGAUUUAUAAUAGAAGUAAUAGAAUGGUAAAUUAUUCUAGAUAUUCCCUUUGACAGUGCUAUGAACAUGUUAAUAAAAAAGUGCAAUUUAAGCAUAUAUGUUUCCAGAUUCUCAGCACAUCAAUUGUUAAAUGUCUGUAAAAAUACUCUAAAACUGUUGCCUGUUCACUUUCAUACACUUGACACUUUCAAGGUCAUAAAAUGGACAUCCAUGUGUCCUAAUACAGAUUUAGGCACCAAGCAUUAGAUUUGGAUAUCUUCAUGUGGCUUAAGUGUUUGUAGAAUAGAAUAGAAUUGUUUGUAGAAUAGAAUAGUGUUUGUCUACUAGAAUAGUAGAUCUUGUAAGUUCAACAGUUAGUGGAAUAUAUGAUAUUGCCUGAAAUCCAAGAGAAUGUUAAUUUUUACCGUUAAUUAUUCAAAAAUGUGAGGAAUUAAAAUGUUACAGUCACAUUACAAUCAUUAGCUGUCUCUUCUUUCAACAUUGUUUGUGGUGCAACUAAAUGCAGCCAUGUUUUGCUGCACUAGCAGGUUGUCAUUUUCUCAGCUAAUAACAUUUUGCUUGACUCCAGUGUUUCCUUACUCUUUUGACAUAACUCUUUCUCUAAUGGCCUAAUCUAAGCAGCCUCAAUACUCAUCCCUCAAUAUGUUUUGGCUAUGCAAAUGCCAACAGGCCCCACUUUUCUGCACCUCAAGUAUUUUAUUACAUCUCAAAGUUACUAGUAUGCCACAUCUCUUUCUGUCAGAUUUUUUUUUUUAAUUAAACUUCCAAGCUGAUGUAACUCAGAAUUACUACAGUAAUUACAUUUAGCCCAGUAGUCCUAGUCAUGUACACAUUGCAGUUCUGUGUCAGGGUAAGAUUUAAGAAUGCAGAUUUUAUCUCUUGCCCAUCACCAUCUUCCGAUUUCCAUGGGAAACAAAUGGCUCCCAGGCAGAUACCGUGGUGUUUCUCAAUGAUGCUUCAUAUAAAUGACCAGGCAACCAAAACCCCAGGCCAAGCCCCAGAAGGGAAGUGUUGGUACAGCUAUGGAGAGCUGUGAUUGCCCCUGUUUAACUGAAUCCCAGGAAGUGAUAAACCUAGUUCACCUGGACUCCCUGUCGAGUCACUAGAAAGACACAGGCACUGUAGAA